CGUGCAGAGGCGGCGAUGGCGGGUCGGCGCGGGGCGCUCAUCGUGCUGGAGGGCGUGGACCGCGCCGGGAAGAGCACGCAGGGCCGCAAGCUGGUGGCCGCGCUGUGCGCCGCCGGCCACCGCGCCGAGCUGCUCAGCUUCCCAGAAAGAUCAACUGAAAUUGGCAGACUUCUGAGUUCUUACUUGGAAAAGAAAAAUGAGAUGGAAAAUCAUUCGGUGCACCUGCUUUUCUCUGCGAACCGCUGGGAACAAGUGCCAUUAAUUAAGGAGAAGUUGAGCCAGGGCAUCACCCUCGUCGUGGACAGAUAUGCAUUUUCUGGUGUCGCCUACACCAGCGCCAAGGCGGAUUUUUCCCUGGAUUGGUGCAAGCAGCCCGACGUGGGCCUCCCGAAACCGGACCUCGUCGUGUUCCUUCAGUUAAAGUUGGCAGAGGCUGCCACUCGGGGAAAGUUUGGCUGUGAGCGCUAUGAGAACAGGACUUUCCAGGAGAGCGUGUCACAGCGCUUUCACCAGCUCAUGGGAGACACGACUUUGAACUGGAAGAUGGUUGAUGCUUCCAAAAGCAUUGAAGAUGUCCACAAGGAAAUCUGCGAGCUCUGUGAGGACACCAUCUGGGCCGCCGCACAGAAGCCGCUGGGGGAGCUGUGGAAGUAGACACAUGGCGCCCACAGGAGACGCUGGAGGGACUGUGCCCUCCCCUGCAGGCCUGCAAGGCUCGACAUGUGGGCCAACACUGUUCACACUGCGCGAUGUGGGGCUGUGCGUGAGCCAGCGAUAAGCAGAGGCCUCUCACGAGCCAGUGGGGCACACCGGGGACUCCAUGCAGUACGGCAAGACAUUGGAGUGGUCUCCCUCUGCCCUCUCUUACCCUGAAGAUACCAAUAAAUGAUCGUCCUCUCUUAUUGAAGUUUAAUGGUAACCAUAUCCAAGCAGUUUCAUCAAGAUCAUUGAAAUGGCAAUCACUUGAAAUCCUCCUUAAUUUCUUACAGGCAUUGAUAAAAAUUAAUUUGAAAAUGUGU